AAGGCGGAACUACUAUUGCGGUGCCUCCACCCGUAAGCAACCUCGGUAAUCAGCCGCCUGAUUCCAUUAAAACCGGCCUCUGCUUGUCGAAACACGGCGUUGUAGUCGAGCGAGGUAUGACCGAUACGAGAUACGAAGUGAGCCGGAAGCUGGGCUUCUGCACCGUAAAUGGACCCAAAAAAACAGGAGAAAACAACAGUAGAAACGACAGCGAGUCAAAAUGCCGAGCCGGCGGGGAUGUGUCCGAUGGUGGUAUCUCGGGAGCGAUGGGGAGCUGCGGCACCGCGCAGCCGAGACAGACUGACGGAUGCCGCUAAGAGGGCCGUCAUCCAUCACACUGCACUUUGGCCCUGUACCGGACCCCAGCAAUGUUUCGUUCAGCUCCAGCACAUCCAGAAGCUGCACAUGGUACACAGGGGCUGGGAUGACAUUGGAUAUAACUUUCUAGUUGGCGAGGACGGUUCAGUGUUUGAAGGGCGUGGCUGGGGCAUUGUCGGAGCACAUACCAAGGGCAACAAUCACGACUCUAUAGGCAUUGCUUUCAUCGGCGACUUCAACAAUCAAGUACCCACUUCAGCUGCCCUUUCUGCCGCAAGACAGCUUCUGCAAUGUGGAGUAGCUCUUGGUCAUCUUCAUCCGACAUAUGCCUUAUUAGGGCACAGAGACCUGGCAGACACUGAAUGCCCUGGCAAACUGUUAUAUACGCAACUUCAAUUCUUAAAUCACUUUACGGAUUGACGUAGGCUAUAUUUUUUCAUUAGAUUUUUUUAAAUGAUUAAAAUGAUAGUAGAUGUAAGAAUAUGUGUUGUGCCUGUGCACUAGAUGGCGUGGUGCCACUCGUAACUUUCACUUUUAGAUCAUGUGACUUACACACAUUUGGGACACAGUCAUUACAGCACUUACGUAAGUCUCUCUGGCUAAGGGUUUCUGCCAAAUGCCGUAAAUGUAAAUGUGCAUUUUGACAUUUGCUUUUUAAACGACCGAUCAGUUUACUGUGCAAUUUAUAUGUUUGUUUUAGUCCUCAGUGACGUGAAUGCUCGUGCAGAUUCUUGUUUUGAUUUGCAGAUUAUAUUAAACAUCUGGAAAUCACCCAUGGUACCACUGUGAUGUAUUCUAGGACGUAGCUAACCCCCCCACCCACACACACACACAUACACACACACCUUAGUAAAAAUUGCCGAGUGUCCCCACGGUAGAAUUUACCGAGCGGAUGUUUGCGUCGCGAGCGUAUAUACAGU